UGUUCCCUCCGCCGCAUCGGUUAGAUCCGGGGAGUUUCUCUUCGCGGAGCCUCGAAUCACAUCAGUGGGCGACUGCAAACACACGCAUCCUCCUCUCAUCCGCUCCUGUCCGCUGUCAUCAGGGACAAAAACCACCAGCAAUCACUCACCACACCUGGAUCUAUCUCUUAAAGCCGUGUAUUUCCACCUGAUGUGAGAGAGUGUUUUGCAGGGAGCAGUGAUGGGCGCGUUUGGAGUGAUUCUGAGGAGUUUACAUUGUAUGGGACUCUACAUCCAACUUAGUGCCAGUCUCAGACAAGCUGGAAGCGACGACGUGGAGAACCAUAUAUCCAACAACGCGGUGUUCACUGAGGUCCCUCAUGACAUCACGGCACAGAGCGGUCAGGACGUGGAGAUGGCCUGCUCCUUCAGAGGCGCCGGAUCGCCCUCCUACUCGCUGGAGAUUCAGUGGUGGUACAUCAGGAACCACAGAGAAUGGACCGACAAGCAGACGUGGAGCACCAAUCAGGUGAUGCCGCAGAAUGAGAAGUCAAAGGACGCCACCAAAAUCAGUGUGGUGAAGGUUGCUGGAAGCAACAUCUCCCACAAGCUCCGUCUGUCCAGCGUGAAGCCUGCGGAUGAGGGCACGUACGAAUGCCGUGUCAUCGACUUCAGCGACAGCAAGCUGCGGCAUCAUCACGUUCGGGCGUACCUGCAGGUGGAGCGGGCCGAGGGGAAUGUGCCUCCUCCGGUCCAUCAGGGGGCGACGUCACAAGAGGAGCUUCUGCAGUCUGACCACCACAAACCCGGCCGUGAGCUCAGGAAGAGGUCCGCUGAUGAUAGUACCACUGACUGCACUGAGAGCUGCGCGCUUUAGGUUCUUCUUAUACUUAGUUAUUAUUACCCCACGCAAGCACCUGUACACCCACAUCACCAAAAUACCCAGAAUUCCUCACGCCAACCCACACACUAGGGAUAGCUCACCUGAAAAUAAAAAAUCUGUCAUUGACUCACCUUCAUGCUGUUCCAAACACAUAUGACUGACUUUCUUAUGUAAAAAACAAAAGGAAACUCUUAAGCUUUUUGACUUAUUAUUAUUAUUAUUAUUUGUAAUAAUAAUCUUUGUUAAAAAAAAAGUUUUGUUUUAUUUCGGUUCUUUUCAUAUUAAACAAAUUCAGUGCACAAAGACUGAAGUAGUUUAAGUCUUUGGUUUUUUUAAUUGUGAUGAUUUAAUUUGGCUCACAUUUAAUUAAAAAUAUUUUGCAUUCUGCAAAAUAAAUAAUUGUGUAUUUUAUGUAAAAUAGUAAGUUUUUUUUUAAGUGUCCUUUUUGAAGCUUUUAUUUAUUUCCAUUUUUAUUUUGAGUCUUUAUUUCCUUAUUUGAUUUGAUUUAAUAUUUUAUUUCUUGAUAUCUUUUUGUCGUUUUAUUAUUUAGCCUCUGUUUAUUUCCAAAGAGCAACUUAAACAUCCUGCUGAAUAAAUUAUUUUGUAUUUUAUGGAAGAAACUGAAUUUAUUUAAUUUAUUUAUUUAUUUAUUUAACCCUAACCCUAAUUCCAAAGGAUAUAAUAAAUAAUUAAAUGAGAAAGAGAAGUCAAAUGAGUGAAGUGAGUCAAAUAGGUUUGAAGCAACAUGACGGUUGAUAAAGUACAUAAUAACAACAUUUUAAUUUUUGAGUGAACUAUCCUUCUGACAAAAGAUGUAUAUUUCUGUAUAAAUAUGAAGGUAGAUGUCUGUUCAGAACAGCGAGUGCAUGUGACAAACCUUUCUAAUAUUUGCCAAUGAGCAAGAAACCAAACUGGACCGUUGAUUUAAACUCUUUGGUCAUUCUUAGUUUGAUCAGAUUCAUGGUUUUGAUAUGAUGUAUAGAUGGCUAGAAGCGGCAGAACUAAUGUGAAUGUUUGAAAUAUUCUUCAUCAGGUCUAAUCGAUGACAUUUACAUGCUGUAAUAUAACUAUCAUUGUUUACAUGUCUAAUGUUACAGGCACCAGAGGGUUUUAUUCUGGACUGGCAUCACCGAUGGCAAAGUGUGAUUUGAUGGGUGCCAGCUUUUGCAAAUAUGUUUCAUGAAGCUUUUGUGUCAAUAGAAGGAUGAUGUGCACACAAUACUAUGACGUUUUGUGGUUUUUAUGCAGCUUUAAAAAGAAAAUCCUGAAGACAUUUACAGUAUGUUUAAUGGUAUAACAACAGCUUAGUUUCUGGUUUCUUGGAUUUUUACGGUUUGAUUCAAUAGUUCUUUUUGUUUCUGGAAGUAAUACAUGUACAGAUUGUGUAAAUGAAGUAAUAUUACAAAAAAAAACUGGUUUCACCUUCAAUGUAUGCCUUUAUCAAAUAAAAAAAACAUUGAUCAUA